UUUACCGCGUGGCGGUUUCUAAAGUUUGGUGGAAGACCCUCCUACACUUCUCAUCGUUCUCUAUUUGAUAAAUCGAUGGAAAAUUCAACUGAGAACAUCGAUACCCAUCCGUGAUCCGAGAGAGAAACAGAGAGAAAAAAUGGCUUCUUCAAUCCUGGCGGCGGCAGCAGAGAAGGUCGGCCCUGCCGUACGGCGACAAGCCCUUACUCUAACGGACGCCGCAGCUGCUAGAAUUCGCCAUCUGCUACAACAACGGCAGCGCCCAUUCCUUAAGCUUGGUGUCAAGGCUCGUGGUUGCAACGGCUUAUCCUACACUCUCAAUUACGCAGACAAGGAAGGGAAGUUCGAUGAAUUGGUUGAGGACAAAGAAGUGAAGAUAUUGAUCGAUCCAAAGGCACUCAUGCAUGUCAUUGGGACCAAAAUGGAUUUUGUAGAUGACAAACUCAGGUCUGAGUUCAUAUUCAUCAAUCCAAACUCCAAAGGGCAAUGUGGGUGUGGAGAAUCCUUUAUGACUACAAACAAUGGUGAAUCUGCUAAGCGGGGAGAUGUUUAAUGGCGAUGAGAUUUAUGAACCGUCGAUUGACCUUUCAAAGUUUUGUUCACUGGCUGAUCAGAAUACUAUCAGUUCAUCUAGCAAAACUCUGGGAAGGACGAAGAUCACAGAUGGAGGCAUCAUAAUUGUUGGUUUAAGUUCAUCUACAAAAGCAGAGUUCCACAUUAAUUUUUUUAUUCUUCUGAUAUGUUGACACACACAAAAAAA